AAUAUCGAUGGUUCAUUCAUUUAUGUGACGUCAUUAUGGCCUGGUUGGGUUAGGUUUGCUUGGAAAUUUUUGUUAACAAUCUUGUAUUUUAAUAUAUUAUAUGUUGUGCUACUUAUUUUAGAUUAGUAAUAUAAAUACCUCAUAUAGUACCGGUAAUCCUGGUGCCAAGAAGUGUCUGUUUCGACGACAUUUUCUGGCGAAAAUGAAUCGCCAUGAAGGAGUCAGCUGUGAUUCUUGUUUGAAAAAUAACUUCAGAGGACGACGAUACAAAUGUUUGAUUUGCAUCGAUUAUGACUUGUGCGCAGCCUGCUAUGAGUCCGGCGCUACCACAAACCAACACACUACAGAGCAUCCAAUGCAAUGCAUUUUAUCUAGAAGUGACUUUGAUCUGUACUAUGGUGGAGAGGCACUAACUUUGGAACAGCCUCAGGCUUACACAUGUCCAUUCUGCAAUCGGAUGGGCUUCACUGACAUAGCGCUCAUGGAGCAUGUAACAGCAGAGCAUGCGGACACCACCCUGGCUGUGGUGUGUCCAGUGUGUGCUUCAAUGCCAGGCGGGGAACCAAAUUUCGUGACCGACGACUUUGCAGGUCAUCUUACCUUGGAACAUAGGACAGGUCCUAGAGAUCUCAUUUCAUUUCUGGAUGAACCAAGCGGCAUCAGGCACGGUGGAGUGCGACGUAUACCGCACUCAGGCCGUGGCGUCAGUCGCGCACGACGCACCAACAUGCAGUUCAGCACGGGCGGCGGCAUCUCGUCGCUGUCGCCGUCGUCGCGCGACGCGGUGGUGGACCCCAUCGCGGAGCUCCUGUCGCAGCUGUCGGGCGUGCGGCGCGGCGCCGGCCAGCCCGGCACGCCCAGCCAGCUGCAGCAGCUGCAGAUGCAGCUGCAGCUCGAGCGGCAGCACGCCACGGCGGCCCGACAGCAGCUGGAGCGGCUGCCGAGGCGCGCGGGCGGCGCGGCGGGCGGGGCCAGCGGCAGUGCGCCGCCUCCCGCGCCGCAACCCGCCGUGGCGCAACCGCAGCCGCAGCCCGAGCCUUCCGACUCACAGUUUCUCCUCUCCGGCUUCCUCGGAGCCAGCGACAGCCAGGCGAGCGCCGAGGCGGAGAGCCGCGCGGCGCUGCUGCGGGGGCUGGUGCUGGCGUCGCUGGGCCGCGCGGCGCCGGCCGUGAGCGCGCCCGCGCCCGAGCCCGAGCGAGCGCCCGCCCCCGCGCCCGCGCCCGCGCCCGCGCCGCCGGCCGCCACGCUGCGCGUCAAGCCGGCGCCGCGCACCAAGGUAGGCAGGCGGGCGCGCGGCGCGGCGGCGCGCGAGCUCCCCCACUGA